GUCCCCGUGGGUCACCGGGACCCGGCCCAGCCGCGCGUCCCCCGCUCUGUCCGCUCUGUCCGCUCUGUCCGCUCCGCCGCCAUGGAGUUCCCGUCCGCUCUGUUCCCCUCCUACUUCGGCGCCGGCCCGCCGCGGGAGGAUGGCGGAUCGGCGCUGGUCGCCGGCUGGGGCGAGCAUGGGCAGGUGCUGGAGGCUGGCCCCGGCCGCCGCCAGGCUCAGCCGGCCUUCGUGCCCCGCCGCGGCGCGACGGGCGAGAGGUGGGAAGCCGCCGACGCUGCGGCCGUGCCGGUGCUGCUGUCCAGCGCAGGCUGCUGGAUUCCCUCACCCGCACCGCAAGACAUCCUGUAUCGCAGCAGCCUGUGCAAGAAGCUCCGGGUAGGCAAGUCUGGAGCCACUUUGGACUUUGCCAAGCAGCUGGGCCAUUUCUUUGUGGAUCACCCAGAAGAUGCUUUUGGCUCCCUGGGGCGUCUGCUACACAAGAACUUCUACCUGGGCAACUCCAAGCUGAAGAGACCAGCCCGGAAYAGCACCAUCCGGAUGACAGCCCUGGUGGAGGACAUCGACCGCCUGGAGGCCCGACGUGGCUGCCCCCGGCAGCACUUGGCCUCCCGCCUGCGCUGGUUCUCGCACCUCUGCCGUGACUGGCUUUUUGAGGUGCCACUGGGGGUGCUGGCAGACUGCUUGCAUGAGGAGCUGAUGCUACAAUGGUCCAACCUGCUCUUCGACGACAGCCUCACCGGCGGGGCUCUGGCCUGGCUGCCGCUCGGAGAUGGGGGGACACCCGUGGGCYGCCUGGUGCACCCCGGCGGGCAGGCCAUGAACCACCUGUAUUUCCAGGAYGUGGUGCUGGAGGAGCUGCCCCGCACCCGGGGCUCCCCAGCGCAGUUUGAGCUCAAUGGGCGUGUACGGCAAGUGGCUGCAGCCCGUGUGGAUGGGGAAGAUUUUGUUGGGGUCCGCUCAGAUUAUCACUGUGGUGUUUGGAGGGUGCCAGGCAGGGCAGGGGCUGCUCCCACCCCACUACAGGUGAUCCGCACUGAUGUGCCUGCCUCCUGCCUCACUGUCAGCCCUCACCUUCCCGGGGAGCUGUCCGUCUGCACUCAGAGCGGGACCGUCUACCUCUGGAACRUCGAGACAGGGCUGCAGCAGCUGCGCUAUGACCCCCAGACCAUGUUCUUUCGUGACCAUUCACCCUGGCGCUGGAGUGACUUCACUGCUCACCCACGGGUGCUGAGCUGUGCUGACCGCACGGGUCUGCAGUGCCUGGAUGCCCGGGCUCCCAAGAGAUGCCACUUUGACUUGUUCAAGGUGGGCGAGGAAGCCAACUGCCAGCAGGGCGAGCGUGUGGUGCUGCCCAUGUACCUGGGCAGGGCUCACCCCUCACAGUACCUUGUCACCACCCAGUUCUCGGUGUACAUCCUGGAUGAGCGAUUGCCACUGGUGCCCAUUCUGAAGUGGGCACACAUGAUGAAGGCCCCUCCGCUCUUUGCCCAAGUGAUGCCAGGGARCCCUGGGAGGAGCCACAAGGUGCUGCUUGGCGCAUCCCGCACCCAGGAGCUGUUGCUGUUGCAAUACCGGGGGGGCAGCCAGUCAGCCUGUCAGCUAGCAGGGACUCCGCAGAAGCUGCACAGCAUCGCAGGGUGCCUGCAGCACCUGCCCACCCAGCUCCCACACCACUACCACCUGCUCCAGCAGCGCCUCACAGCCCCGGCUACAGGUCUGGCUGCCACACUGCAGGAGGAUGGACCGCACAAGUCCAUGCUGGUUUUCCAGCUCUCUGAGGCUGGGGAUGUCUUCUGCCAGAGACUGACCCACAAGGCAAUACAGCCCCCUGCACCCCCAUCAAGGGACGAGGCCACAGCAGCCCCCGGCUCUUCCCCUCUCUUUGAGGCUCCAGCCAGCAGCCCACAGGGCUUGGGUGGUCAGGAAGAAGAGGAGGAAGAGCAAACAUUCUACUUGUCCAACCUGGAGGUGAUUAUCAAUGAGGAGGAGGAGGAGGAGGAAGCCAUGAGCACACCAGCACCCCUGGGAGAAGCUGAACUCCCACRGGAGCCCUGUGCCAGCCCCCAGCCUUCCCCGGCAGUGCCCAGCCCAGCAGCAGCCCUGCGGUACCGCCGCUGGCUGAGGGCCUUUUCCAGGGCCUGCAGGGAGCCCCUCCGGCACACCUGGCACCCCAGCCUUAGCCAGAGGCGCCUCUUCACCCGCAGAGAUCUGGAGGGGCCAGCAGGCCCCAGCACCCUGCAGCAGCAGAUGCGCCAGCGGCUGCGCCAGGCCAUGCRGGAAGGGGGCCGCAUCCAGUGCUGGGAGCAUUCAGCUCUCCAGCCCCCUCCCCUGCCGCAGACUCUGGAGCUGGCAGAGGGUCUGGACCCCCUGAGCACCCGUCUAGAAGCAUCCUGGGCUGGGGACUGGGACAGGUGGUGGGAGGAAAGGACAAGCUUCAGUGUGGCACAGAGACAGCGAGCACUGCGGGAGCGGCGGCGGAGACAGAAGCGAGCCCGGGGCCACCGCAGCCUUUCAGCCAGYUUCACCUCCUCCCUCACCUACCAGUCAGAGCUGUCCGAGAUGAGUGAUGCAGGCCCCACACUGCUGUCCCCCAGCCGUCCACCCAUUUUCUCCCAGGAGGGCUCCCCGCCAGCUGGCAGCCCCCCAGUUCGCAGUGCUCCGACCUCACCAGCGCCUGAAGAAGCCCUGCUGUCCUCACAGAGCCUGCGCUGCCGCGGCAUCCCCAAGGAACGGCGGAAAACACUACGGGACUACCUGUCAGUGUUGGCCGAUGGGCCMCCUGAGCCCCCAGAGCCCCUUGGCAGCCAGGCCAGCCAGCUGUUCAUCUCUUCCUCCCAGAGCCAGAGUCAGAGUCAGAGCCAGAGCCAGCUGUCCUCUGCCUCGCAGCCCCGCCGCAAGCGCCCACGAAUGGGCUUCUGAGUGCAAAUAAACUGCGUGGCACAGCCUCCCACCCGGGGUCCUCAAGUGUUU